GACGAACUGUUGGAGGAAAAUAAUUCAUCAGACAACAAAGAUGCAGUGGAGUCUGAUUCUGCUCUUUCUGAUGGGUCAGUGUUGUUUCAGCGACUGUCAGCUCUAUGAGUAUCUCUACAUUAAAGAGGACAAGAACUGGACUGAAGCUCAGCAGUACUGCAGAGAGAAACACACUGACCUGGCCACAGUGUCUAAGAUGAGAGACAUGAAGAGACUCCUCAACAUCUCAGCAGGAGGUCAGAGGGAUGUUUGGAUUGGUCUGUAUGAUCCAAAAGAUGUCACCAGAACAUGGUACUGGUCUCUGCCUGGAGUGGAGUUCAUUGAAAGUGAGACAAACUGGAACACAGGAGAACCGACUGAUAAAGGAAAUCCAGAAUCUGAGAACUGUGGAUGUCUGAAUAAAGAACUAAAAUGGAUAGAUACUGGUUGCCACUGGAAUGACAGAUAUUUCCUCUGCUACGAUGAAACUAAUAGAACACAGAAAUAUCACUUGAUUAGAGAGAUGAAGACCUGGCAGAAAGCUCAGAGUUACUGCAGAGAGAAUCACACAGACCUGAUCAGUGGACUGAAGCAGCUACAGGAUGAAGAACUGAAGAAUGUGAUGAACUCUGCAGACAAGGAACCAUACUUUGGUCUGUUCAGAGACACCUGGAGGUGGUCAGAUGGAAGCAGUUUCUCUUUCAGACACUGGAAUAAUAAUCUUAACAAUCUGCAACACAACAGUGGUCAAUGUGCUGCAUCUGCAUUUAAUGAUGAAGGCAGAUGGAAAACUGACAGCUGUGAUCAGAAGAAACCCUUCAUCUGUUAUAAUGAUAAUUUAAAUAAAGUGAUCCUUAUCAAAGAAAAUAAAACCUGGGAGGAUGCCUUAUGUUACUGCAGAUAUCACUACCAUGACCUGGUCACCAUCACCAACAAGAAUGAGCAGAGAUGGGUCCAGGAGAAAGCCAAGAACGCCUCGACUGAUCAUGUCUGGAUGGGACUGCACUACGCCUGCACUCUGGAUUUCUGGUUCUGGGUCAGUGAUGAGGUGGUCAGCUAUGAGAACUGGGCCUUAGAACCGAUGGAUGACUGUGACAUGUCUGGAGCCAUGGAGACAAGAGGAGAACAUAAGUGGAGAAAGAAAAAUAAUACUGAGGAGUUUAACUUCAUCUGUUCUAAGGAUUAAGUUCUUCUUCUUCUUCAGUCUGCCUUUUUGCUGCAAGUUACUGUUGAAUAAAUGUUUUGCUUUAGGUCAAAGAAUUACUUUGAAUAUAAAAUAGUUUUUAUUCCCAAACCUCGUUAACUGCACUAAAGCCCCUGAAGUGAAACUGGAUUUAAUUUUUCUGGACAGCUUCUUAUAUUGUAACCCGCCUCGCCAAACCAUCAUAUGUGGCCUGUUGAAUAAUAUUAUUACAUUUAUUAUUAAUAAUCCACCAAUAUAAUGCUCACAUCAAUCAAAGCAUAUGUCCCAUAAUGCACUGCAACUACUACUAGUAACUCAAGGUGGGAGCUGCCCAAGUCCAGCUUGUCAUAACAAACCAAGUUAGCUUCACUGUGUUGCCAAGUCCACAUUUAGCUGAACGAGUUCAUUUCACUGACUUUGAUUCACAAACACAAAUAAUCUAAAACUUUCUCUUUUGAUCUGUUCUUUUUUAAUGUGGUGAGAGCACCUGCACACAUCCAGAUGGAGCUUAUAAAACCACAGUGUACCAACACAGUUAGAGAUAAGUGUGACUCAGCGGGUCCAACCUGUUUCCCCCACUUCAUCUCUGAGGUGACGCUCCAACUCUGCCUCCAUGUUGCUUGGAGGCUUUUGCAUGUUUGCUGUCGGCCUACCUAUGCAUACAACUGUUCUCUGAGAUGAGACGGUAAACAGAAGCUGUCUUGAUGCUCGCCUCUAAAGAAAGUCUAAGAGUUUCCAUAGGUCAGAACCUAACAUCUAAUAUGGAUGAACUUGAUUGUUGUUUCCAUGGUGGUUUUUGAAUGUUAACAAGACAGUUUUAAUCUGAAAAGAUGAGUUUAAAACACAAAUCUUCAUCAGCUGUUAGUUUAUUAUUACAUGUAUUGCUCUUGCUUGGAAUUACUUCAUCACUUUAUAAUUAUUAUUUGGAGUGAAAAUGGUACAGGGUUUUCAAAGAUCUUUACAAAUAAAAAUCUGAGAAGUGUA